AUGUGGCUGCUAAACACGUCUACGUAUCAGAUCGUCUUCGUACAACACCCCUCCGAAGUCCAUUACGCGGUUCUGUCCCACGUCUGGGGCGACGGAGAGCAGACUUUCCAGGUCAACUCUGAUAGAUGCCUCCUCGAUGCCAUUCGCGCCCAGCUAAGCCCUAAGAUCAGACAUUGCUGCGACUACGCUCGCGCCCACGGCCAUACGUAUAUCUGGAUCGACACAUGCUGCAUCGACAAGACCAGCAGCGCGGAGCUCUCUGAAGCAAUCAACUCCAUGUUCGCCUGGUACUCGGGGGCCGACGUCUGCUACGUCUUCCUCUCCGACGUCUCUGCUAGUGACAGCCCUAUGGAGGAAUAUUCGUCCUUCCGCCGCAGCAUGUGGUUCAAGCGCGGGUGGACCUUGCAGGAGCUCAUCGUCCCGUCGCGGAAUGUGUUCCUCUCCAAGGACUGGCGGAUGAUAGGCACGAAGGCGAGCCUCGCGAGUAUCAUCAAGGACGUCACCGGAAUCGGCACAGACAUCCUCCUCCAUAGGCGGCAGCUGCACACCGUAAGCGUCGCUGAACGGAUGGCCUGGGCGGCAGAACGCGAGACGACUCGUGUCGAGGACGAGGCGUACUGCCUCAUGGGAAUCUUCGGGGUCCGUCUUCCUGUGAUAUACGGCGAAGGCUCGCAGGCGUUCGUACGGCUUCAAGAGGAGAUCAUGAGGCGCAUACCCGACCAGUCCCUAUUCCUGUGGGGCAUCGAG